AUGGCGAAAGCUGAUGAUGGUUCAGAUUUUCUGGUAGCAUCUAUACACAUCGGCACAACUUAUUCUGGCUAUGCAUUUGGAAUGAAACGGGAGUUGACCAAAGACCCUACAAAAGUAUAUUGCCCUUCAUGGCAUGUUUUAGAUGGGCCUAGUUCUUCCAAGACAUCUACGACAAUCUUGUUAGAUGAAAAUAGAAGGUUUGUGUCCUUUGGCUAUGAGGCGGAAAAGCAGUAUGCAGAAUUAGCAGAUGAGAAUGAACAUAAGGAUUAUUACUAUUUCCAUAGAUUUAAAAUGAUACUGUAUGAGAAGAUCAGAACAACG